AUGGCUCGGCGUCAGGAGCAUGAUAUCAAGGUGUCGGUGGAGGAGAGAGUGUCCUCGGCCUCCCGCUGCUCGUGCCACAAGGCCAAGGAACGGAUCAUAGCUUCCCUCGAGCAGGCCUGCGGCCAUGACCUCCCAGCGACCUUACCCGACGACCUGAGGGAUGUUGACGAGGACGAUCUCGAGCCCCUGCCGCCCUCGUGCUGCUGUGAAGGGUUCAAUGCUCCCGAUCUCCAUGAGGUCGUCGAGGCCGUGAAGCGAAUGAAGACCAAGGAUGUCUCUACGAUGCUUGACCACCUCCUCUGCCUCAAGUGCGAGCAUGAGCUCAAGUUUCAUCGUCCCCUGCUGGAGGUCAGACUCCUGCUCGUCUUUGAUUGA